CUUAUUUUUGGUGCUGAGUCUGUAGGCCUCUCCUGUGAACUAUGCCUAAAGUUGUGUCCCGGUCGGUUGUCUGCUCCGACACCCGGGACCGGGAGGAAUACGACGACGGCGAGAAGCCCCUCCACGUCUACUACUGUUUGUGCGGCCAGAUGGUCCUGGUGCUGGACUGUCAGUUGGAGAAAUUACCCAUGAGGCCCCGGGAUCGGUCCAGGGUGAUUGAUGCUGCCAAACACGCCCACAAGUUUUGUAACACAGAAGAUGAGGAGACUAUGUAUCUUCGCAGGUCUGAAGGCAUUGAACGCCAGUACAGGAAGAAAUGUGCAAAGUGUGGACUGCCACUCUUCUACCAGUCCCAGCCGAAGAAUGCUCCAGUGACCUUCAUUGUGGAUGGAGCAGUAGUCAAGUUUGGCCAGGGAUUUGGGAAAACGAAUAUAUAUACUCAGAAGCAAGAGCCUCCUAAAAAGGUGAUGAUGACCAAACGGACUAAAGACAUGGGCAAGUUCAGCUCUGUCACUGUGUCUACUAUUGAUGAAGAGGAAGAGGAGAUUGAGGCUAGAGAAGUGGCUGACUCGUAUGCACAGAAUGCCAAAGUGAUUGAAAAACAGCUGGAGCGCAAGGGCAUGAGCAAAAGACGGCUGCAGGAGCUGGCUGAACUGGAAGCCAAGAAAGCGAAAAUGAAGGGGACCUUGAUUGACAACCAGUUCAAAUGAUCAGGACCUUUCUUUGAACCCACACUGGAGACUGGCAGGUAUCGGCUAUGGUUCGAAUCUCUCUACUGUCAGAGAAAAUCCAUAAAAAGGCAGAAUCUGCAUAAAGCUUCCUUUACUUCAAAUAUGAAAGCCAUAGGUGAGCCAUCUCUUAUCAGACUUUGAACUUAAAGAAGAAAAGCCAGAUUGGAGUGAGGGGGUAGAAUAGCUGAGAUCUGAAUGAAAAUGGAGUCUCAAUAAGAAACACAAGGGAGCUACUAUCCUGUUGAGCAGCUAAUAGUACUAUUCCCAUGUGUGAGUACAUGUGAGGGAGACAGAGGGUAAGAAAUGAUGCUGAAAUUUGUAAAGUAUCUGUGAUAUCAAUAUGUAGUAUUUGUAUCCAUGUUUAAUCUGUUCACCUGUAUUACAAGGUAUUGGGGCAGGAAGAAUGUUUUAACCUCCUUGUAGUACCUAUAGCGGGUUGCACUUAGUAAGUGCCCAAGAUGUAUAUGUGAGAUGCUGUUGGAAAAUACUAGGGCAUUUUUCUUUGCUUUUUUUUCUGAUUUUUUUUUUAUUUGGAAGGAAAUGUAGGUUGGAGUGGGAGUUGAUAUGAGCUAGCAACAACUGGGAGAAAGAGGGGUGGAGGUCCUGGGAAAGCCCAGGGUGGUAACAUCCAUCUUCCCAGUUAUUCGCCUACAUCCAGUGAAGUCUUUGCAACUGAGCCUUCCUUUCCACUUCAUUUCCUGUUAGGCAUCAUGUAGACAACUAACCAUAACCUCCACACAAUUCUUUGAUCUCAACUCCAAACAAUGACCUUCAUCUUCAUACCACUUUAGCCACAAGCUGCGAUGACUACAGCCUGGAUGUCACCAACACCACCUCUGAAAUCCGAUGUUCUAUUCUCUGCCCACAACCUUCUAUCAUUGCUACUCUCACAUUCUCACUUCCACUAAACCUGUUUUAUUUUGUUUUUAGAUUUGAAGGGUAUUAUUUUAUUAGUAGUAAUAAUAAAAAACAGUAGUAAUAAUGAUAAAAAUACUAGCUACUUUUUAUUGGUACUCACUAUGUGUCAGGUGCCAUGGAAAAGCACUUUAUAGGUAUUACGGUAUUACCUUAAUCUAAACAAGACAAUAAUCCCAUGAGAGAGGUUUAACUAUAGUAGCUCCCCCUCAUCCCUGGGGAAUACAUUCUAAGACCCCCAGUGGAUGCCUGAGCCCUACAUAUGCUAUGUUUUUUCCUGUACAUCCAUGUACAUUAUUGGCUUCUCUUUGGCAUGUCUUAAUUCCCAGUAUCACUACUCUUGCACUUUGGGGCCAUUAUUAAGUAAAAUAAGGGGUACUUGAAUGCAAGCACUGCCAUACCUUUACAGUUGAUGUGAUAACUGAGAUGGCUACUAAGUGACUAAUGGAACACCAACAAAACGAAAAGGCAACCUACUGAAUGGGAGAAGAUAUUCACCAAUGAUACAUCCAAUCAGGGGUUAAUAUCCAAAAUAUA